CAGCCACCAUGCGCAGGUUCAGCUCCGAGGGGAACCUCCUGGAUCUGGACUUCCUCCCCUGGAGGAGGGUGGCCCUGAAUAACCAGGAUGUUCAGAGGAACCGGGACUCUGGCACCUACACCCCUCACACAGGGGAGGACGAUCUGAGCGGGGGCUCCACCCUCCUGACCCCCACCAUCCUGGAGCCUAAAGGGGGUAACGAUGAGGGGGGGGCGAAUGAGCUGACCAAGCAGCACAGCGUCAGCGUGGAGACCCUGACUGAGCUGGGGAAGCAGGACAAGAACCACCUGAGUGUGGGCCUCUUGGGGGAGGGCUGCAGGGCCUACAGCGACGGCCAGCUGGCCCCCCAAGCCCAGGGCAGCACGGAGAGCAUGGAGAGGGACGACAUGCCCUCUGGCUCCCCCUCCUCCAGCAACCCCUUCUCCUUCAAAGCCCAUCACAGGCACAACCAAAAACACAAGCUUUCCUCCGCCAAGCUGCACCUCCGGAGUCUGUUCGGACAGAGUCCUCAUUCUUCAAACCCAAACCUGUCCAACACAGAGCAGAAAGACAGUGUGACAGAGCGGAGGUCCCGCCUCCUCUUCAUGCGUCAGUGGAGCCAGGUGGGCCACAGUAAGAAGAGGAAGUUCAGUCGAGAGGAGGUGGAGAAAUGGGCGGAGUCUCUGAACACCCUGCUGCUCAGCCAAAGUGGGGUCUCAGUGUUUGGAGCAUUCCUGCGCUCUGAGUUCAGCGAGGAGAACCUGCAGUUUUAUCUGGCCUGUGAGCAGUACAAACACUCGUCCAACAACUUCAGCCUGCAGAGGAGGGCCAAGGAGAUCUGCAGCACCUACAUCCAGCCCGGAGCCCCGCGAGAGGUACACAACUCUCAUGUUCAAGCUAGCGUCAUGCAGCCAAGGUUUUCAAACCUCUCUGCAUCAAACAGGAAAUGUAAUUCAAGUCCUGUCUCAUGUGUGUACCUUUCAUGUUUCCCCCUGUGUAGGCGUUUGAGGUUUAACGUCACAGCUUGCAUCAAUAGCAGCAUUCAUUAGAGACUGUUUUGCACAAGUAGAGCAAGACUUGCCAGAAAAAACAACCUUUUGGAAACACAUUUUUCUACUUUCUUCUUUUUUCUUCUACUGAUAGGAAAUGACUUAAAGUGAACAACAUGUGUGACAAAUGUAAAGGUUACACCAAACUGACCUAACGCCCUCAACCUGCGAGCAUUUGAUGUUAUUCCUAACAAGUUGACAAUUACCUAAACAUUGCAACAGCUCAGGUAGGCUGAGAUAAAACUGUUUGUGUACAUGAUUUCUCGCUGUGAAGACUCUACCUUUCUGU